UCCUUUCACUUCUCCUUCUUGUUUUGCAGCUGUGUUUUAAGUUGAGACUUCAGAAUUUCUAGCAGACAAUACGUUGAUAACUCUUGCUGUUAGAAAAUGGCUGAAGAGAACGGCUUGGAUCGUGAUAUUAUAACAAACGAGGCCUCUGCAUCCACAAGCAAUGCAGUUGCUACUCAGAGAAAAGAAAACCAAGGGAAGACUGAUGCUGAACAAACAUCUGAGAAGAGCAAGGGAGGAGAGGAGAAUAACCAGACCGUUCCAUAUGGCAAGCUCUUCUCCUUUGCAGACUCCAAGGAUAUUAUAUUAAUGGUCGUGGGCACUAUAGGAGCUAUUGCAAAUGGAACCGCCAUGCCUCUAAUGACUGUUCUCUUUGGGGAACUGAUCAAUUCUUUUGGAGAAACAAACAAUACCAAAAGUGUGGUUAAUGCAGUUUCCAAGGUAUCUUUGAAAUUUGUUUACUUGGCUGUGGGGGCUGGUGUGGCAUCUUUAUUACAGGUGUCUUGCUGGAUGGUCACAGGGGAAAGACAAGCAGCACGAAUAAGGAAUUUAUAUUUGAAGACCAUUCUGAGGCAAGAUAUUGGUUUCUUUGACAAGGAAACAAACACUGGAGAAGUUGUAGGAAGGAUGUCAGGUGAUACCGUCCUCAUUCAAGAUGCCAUGGGUGAGAAGGUGGGGAAGUUUAUUCAGCUAAUAACAACAUUCAUAGGAGGCUUUGUGGUUGCUUUCAUUAAAGGAUGGCUUCUCACCCUUGUCAUGAUCUCUACUAUUCCUGCUCUUGUGAUCUCUGGUGCGGCCAUGUCCAUUGUUAUAAGCAAGAUGGCCUCCCGUGGACAAACUGCUUAUUCUAAAGCAUCAAUAGUUGUGGAACAGACAAUUGGUUCGAUCAGAACAGUUGCAUCAUUUACUGGAGAGAAGCUAGCUAUAAUUGCAUACAACAAGUCUCUCAACAAUGCUUAUCUAUCUGGGGUUCAUGAAGGCUUAGCUAGUGGAUUGGGUCUUGGUUCUGUUAUGUGUAUCAUAUUCUGCAGUUAUGCUUUAGCCGUAUGGUAUGGUGCGAGGCUUAUAAUUGACAGGGGAUACACAGGGGGUAUUAUCAUUAAUGUUAUUGUAGCCGUGUUGACUGGAUCCUUGUCUCUGGGGCAGGCAUCUCCAUGCAUAAGUGCAUUUGCUGCUGGACGGGCCGCGGCAUUUAAAAUGUUUGAGACAAUAAACCGGAAACCGGAAAUUGAUGCUUAUGAUACCAGUGGGCGGACACUAGAUGAUAUUCGCGGGGAGAUUGAGCUAAGAGAUGUUUGCUUCACUUAUCCUGCUAGGCCAGAUGAGCAAAUAUUCAGUGGUUUCUCUCUCUUCAUACCUAGCGGCACAACAGCUGCUUUGGUUGGACAAAGUGGAAGUGGAAAGUCAACAGUGAUCAGCCUGAUAGAGAGGUUCUAUGACCCGCAAGCUGGUGAAGUUCUAAUAGAUAAUAUAAAUCUCAGAGAAUUUCGGCUAAGUUGGAUCAGAACAAAAAUUGGCCUCGUUAGUCAAGAACCUGUGCUGUUUGCUUCUAGCAUUAGAGAGAAUAUUGCUUAUGGGAAGGAUGGAGCAACUAAAGAAGAAAUUAGAGCUGCAGCUGAGCUAGCCAAUGCUGCCAAGUUCAUAGAUAAGCUUCCUCAGGGGCUUGACACCUUAGUAGGUGAACAUGGAACUCAGCUAUCUGGAGGGCAGAAACAAAGAGUUGCCAUUGCUAGAGCAAUUUUGAAAGAUCCACGGAUUUUACUCCUGGAUGAAGCUACAAGUGCACUUGAUGCAGAGUCUGAGCGCAUUGUGCAAGAGGCACUAGACAGAAUCAUGAUCAACCGAACAACAGUUAUUGUUGCUCAUCGCUUGAGUACUGUGAGGAAUGCAGAUACGAUUGCUGUCAUUCAUCGGGGAAAGAUAGUUGAAAAAGGCUCCCACUCAGAGCUAGUGAAGGAUCCUGAAGGAGCAUACUGCCAGCUUAUACGCUUGCAAGAAAUGAACCCCCAGUCAGAGCAUGGAAUAAAUGAUCCAGAAAUAACAGUGGAUUCUGCCAGGCAGUCAAGCCAACACAUGUCCAUCCGACGGUCAAUAAGUCGUGGAUCAUCUGGGCCUGGGAACAGCAGCCGCCACUCAUUCUCAGUAUCAUUUGGUCUACCUACUGGAGUCAACAUCCAAGAGACAGCAACUACAACAGAAGCUGACAAGCUGCCAACAUUACAAGAGCCACAAGAUGUUCCACUUCGUCGCCUCGCCUAUCUCAAUAAACCGGAGCUCCCAGUAAUACUACUUGGUGUUUUAGCUGCAGUCAUCAAUGGUGCGAUACUACCAGUUUUUGGUAUUCUUAUUUCCAGUAUAAUCCAUAUAUUCUAUGGGCCACAAAAUAAGCUUCGGAAGGAUUCAAGCUUUUGGGCACUGAUGUUUGUUGUCCUUGGCGUGUUAUCUUUAGUGGCAACCCCUGCACGAACAUACUUCUUUGCUGUGGCAGGUUGUAAGUUGAUAAGAAGGAUCCGGUCAAUGUGCUUUGAGAAGGUGGUUUACAUGGAGGUCAGUUGGUUUGAUGAACCUGAGCACUCCAGUGGUGCAAUUGGUGCAAGACUCUCAGCAGAUGCUGCAACCGUCCGCAGUCUGGUUGGUGAUGCUCUUGCACUUCUUGUUCAGAACACUGCGACAGCAAUUGUUGGUUUGGGUAUUGCUUUCCAAGCAAGCUGGGAACUGGCUCUUAUAAUCCUUUUUUUGCUACCUCUGAUUGGCCUUAAUGGAUAUGUCCAAAUGAAGUUCAUGAAAGGAUUCAGCGCAGAUGCAAAGAUGAUGUAUGAGGAAGCAAGUCAAGUGGCAAAUGAUGCAGUUGGAAGCAUAAGAACAGUUGCUUCUUUCGGUGCUGAAGAGAAGGUGAUGCAACUGUACAAAAAGAAAUGUGAAGGCCCUCUGAAGACAGGGAUAAGACAAGGAUUAAUUAGUGGUGUUGGUUUCGGGCUAUCCUUUUUCCUGCUGUUUUGUGUUUAUGGAGCCAGUUUCUAUGCUGGAGCCCAGCUUGUUGCACAUGGAAAAACAACAUUCACGAAGGUUUUUCGUGUUUUCUUUGCCCUCACUAUGGCAGCCAUUGGGAUUUCUCAAUCAAGCUCCCUUGCACCUGAUGCCAGUAAAGCCAAGACUUCCACUGCUUCUAUUUUUAACAUUCUUGAUCAAAAGUCAGAGAUAGACUCGAGUGAUGACUCUGGAAUGACACUAGAAAAUGUGAAGGGAGAAAUAGAGUUUCAGCAUGUUAGUUUUAAAUAUCCAACAAGGCCUGACAUUCAGAUAUUCCGAGACCUAUGCUUGGCAGUUCAUUCAGGAAAGACGGUUGCUCUGGUUGGCGAAAGUGGGUGUGGAAAAUCGACGGUGAUCUCACUGUUGCAGAGAUUUUAUAACCCGGAAUCAGGUCAGAUCACAUUAGAUGGGACUGAAAUUCAAAAGUUCCAGUUGAAGUGGUUGAGGCAGCAGAUGGGUCUGGUAAGCCAAGAACCUAUCUUGUUCAAUGAAUCAAUCCGAGCUAAUAUUGCAUAUGGGAAGGAUGGAGAUGCUACAGAAGCAGAGAUCAUAGCAGCAUCGGAAUUAGCAAAUGCCCACAAAUUCAUUAGUGGAUUGCAACAGGGUUAUGAUACCAUUGUAGGAGAACGAGGAGUCCAAUUGUCGGGUGGUCAAAAGCAACGGGUGGCGAUUGCGCGUGCAAUGGUGAAGGCGCCAAAGAUAUUACUACUAGAUGAGGCAACGAGUGCACUUGAUGCUGAAUCCGAACGAGUGGUACAAGAUGCACUGGACAGGGUCAUGGUGAACCGCACCACAAUUGUUGUUGCCCACCGGUUAUCAACUAUUAAGGGUGCAGAUUUAAUUGCAGUGGUAAAAAAUGGUGUUAUUGUGGAGAAAGGGAAGCAUGAAACAUUAAUCAAUGUGAAGGACGGUGCUUAUGCGUCCUUGGUAGCACUUCAUACAAGUGCUUCAUCUAAGUGAAAGUUCUUGGUACUCCCCUUCCACAAUUUUUGGUGAUCGGUUUACAUGCCCUCCCUUGUUCUUUUCUAGAAGAAAAAAAAAGAGAACUUAUUUUCUGUGUAUUUCAUCUUAUUUUGGUAUGGAAUGUGCAAUUUAUUUG